CGGCCAGCAGGGGGCAGUGUGUCACAGGCACCGAGCGAACGGUCUGAAUGCCAGAGAUAUGAUGAGCUCCUAUACACAGACUGGAAGGCACUUGCGCCGGCUGCUAUCUACUUGCUUUUCCUUGUACGCUCUAAACCUGGAGCCGAUGCAGUGAUCACAAUGGGAGCUGGAAUACUCCGUGGGGGCAAAAGCAGUUAGUGAAGUGUCUGUACCAGUCAUCAGGCGGAUUGUCGAUGCUCUUAUUCUUAAUGGCGUAUUGAUGCAAGAAAGAGGGGGAGAAGAGUGGCUGAUCCGGAGAUGCUCAUCUGUGGGGACAAGUGGCUGUGGCAGAUCUUGGCUGCUACUUUUGGAGUAUUCCGUAGGCUUGCCAUCAUGCUGCUGGAAGGUGCCCAUCUGUGCCAGGAAAGCCCAGUGAGUGCAUGGAAGGAGCACUGACUCACCACAAUGCAGCUGGCUAGGGCUAAGUGCCUGUGGCCCCAUAGUCAGUAACUACAGCUGAGGAGCAGCUCUCUAAUGAAUGAAGAAUGGGUGUCAACCCUUAUCGAAUGCUCAGUGGAUCAGCUGUUUUUGUGCUGUUUGCCCUCUUGGUGAUCAUGGCAGUGUCCUCCUCUGGUGAACGUGGGUGCCCUAAAGGAUGUAGGUGUGAUGGCAAAAUGUUCUAUUGUGAGUCUCAGAAACUGCAGGAAAUCCCUUCAUCUGUAUCUGCAGGCUGUAUAGGGCUGUCCCUUCGAUAUAACAGCCUUCAUGUUCUCAAAUUCAACCAAUUCAAAGGUCUGAAUCAGCUCACCUGGCUGUACCUGGACCAUAACCAUAUUAGCAGUAUUGAUGAGAAUGCUUUUAAUGGAAUCCGCCGGCUGAAAGAACUGAUCCUGAGCUCCAACAGGAUCUCCCUUUUAUUGAACAAUACAUUUCGACCUGUCACCAACCUGAGGAAUUUGGAUUUAUCCUAUAACAUACUGCAGACUUUAGGCCCUGGCCACUUUAAAGGCUUGAGGAAGCUGCAGAGUCUGCAUAUUAGAUCAAAUUUACUAAGGACAAUCCCAGUAAGGAUAUUUCAGGAUUGCAGGAACCUAGAAAUUUUGGAUCUGGGAUAUAACCGAAUCAGGAGCUUGGCCAGGAACGUUUUUACAGGCAUGAUUAGGUUAAAAGAGCUUCACCUGGAGCACAACCAUUUCUCCAGACUCAAUCUUGCUCUCUUCCCAAGGCUGGUGAGUCUGCAGAGCCUGUACUUGCAGUGGAACAGGAUCAGCCUUAUAGGGCAGACCAUGUCAUGGACGUGGCACUCGUUACAGAGGCUGGAUUUGUCUGGCAAUGAAAUUGAAGCAUUCAGUGGCCCUAGUGUAUUUCAAUGUGUCCCUAAUCUACAGCGUCUCAACUUGGAUUCUAAUAAGCUCACCUUCAUUGGGCAAGAUAUUCUGGACACUUGGAGAUCAGUCACAGAUAUAGGCCUGGCUGGAAAUAUAUGGGAAUGUACCAGAAAUAUCUGUUCUUUAGUAAACUGGCUGAAAAGUUUUAAAGGACUGAGAGACAAUACAAUUCUGUGUGCCAGCCCCAAAGAGCUGCAGGGGGUGAACGUGAUGCAAGCAGUAGGGAACUACAAUGUGUGCAGUAAAAGCAUUAUAGAAAACAGGGAGCUGAUAAACAUUGCCCGAACCCCCACCGUACUGCUCAGCGUUAUCAGCACUAAGCAGGAGAACAAUUACUCAGUACCUCCAACUGUUGGCACCACGGAGUCAGUCUAUGAGAGUAAUGAAGGUGCUACAGAAUUAAUCUCAUUACACAAAAUCAUUGCAGGGACUGUGGCUCUUUUCUUGUCAGUUAUUGUGAUCUCUUUAGUUAUCUAUGUCUCUUGGAGGAGAUCUCCAGCAGGCAAGAGACACCUGCAGCAGGGAUCUCUUAUGAAAAAUCACAGGCACCAGAAAAGCCCAUCAUUAACUCAAAUGACUCCAUCCGCCCAGGAAUUUUAUGUAGACUACAGUCCUGGAAGCAAAGAAACUUGUGAGAUGGUGCCUAAUGGCUCGGCUGCCUGCACAUAUAACCAGUCGGGCUCCCGGGAAUGUGAGGUGUAAAUGCUGGAAUAAAAACCUUUUACACAACUUGUCUUUUUUUUUUUUAACAGAACUUGACAAUGUUAACUUGAAAUUGUGCAUUUUAAUUUCUGCAAAAAAUAAACCUGAAAUUAAUUUGUC